AUGAAGUCCAGCAACAUGCUCCUUGCCUUCUUUGCUUCUGUCGCCGUGGCUUCGCCUGCCGCCCUCAACAUGCGGGCUGACGAGGCUUGUACGCCCACAUCUUACACCAUUUCCGAAUACUCACUCGUAACCUCACCCACCUCGGGCAGCGUCCACUUCACCUUCCAGUCGGCCUUUGCCUCUGGUGCCACCAUUGUCGACUCGGUCCAGAAUGGCCCCCUAUGCAGCGCUUCUGAUUCCUCUGUCCCCAAUAGCAACGAGUGCCAGGUGCCCAGCCGUCGUCUGCUCUUUGAUCUCCGUGGACCCCAGGAGCAGGCCUACUACCAGAUUACGCACACUUGGUCUUGCAACGGAAGCACCUGGCUCUCUGGUACCCCCGUCAGGGUCGAUCCGCUCACCUGCCAUACCGAAGGUGACGAGCGCACCUGCAUUGGCGGUCCUCUGACCAUUGCGCCUCAGAAUGUGCGCAAGAUCUGCAGCACCCCUACAUGCCCCUAG